GUUGUGCAUAUUUGACCAGAGAAAUCAUUCAGUACAGCUACUCAGGCCGAUGGGUUUCACUAAUGCUUAUAUAAAGACGCCAUGUCUAUUAGCAAAAGGUGGUGCACAAUUCCUAGCACAACCUAGUGCCAAGAGCAUAAAUAUUGAAUAUAACAGUGAGUUAAAACUGGAGGAAGAGAGAGAAAUAAUGAGUUCCGGUAGAUCGAUUUUUGAUUUACCGGGACACAUCAUCACCGACAUUCUCUCCCGACUUCCAAUCAAGACAAUCAUCCACUGCAGGUGUGUUUGCAGGACAUGGCGCAGUCUAGUCUUAGAUCCCCAUUUUGCUAAUCUACACCUGUCAAGAACACCCACCAGCCUUAUUAUUCACCAAGAUUCUGACAGAUCACCUGACUGGGACUCUGAUAUUCUCAAAUUGAUCGAGUUUGAUCGAGAUGAACAUGACCAACAUGGCAAUGGUCUUCUUCACUAUGAUCCACUGAUGAAAUUUGACCUCAAAAGAUUAUGUUACAAGAAUGGUGAGAUACUUUUAGUUGGUUCCGUCAAUGGGUUGCUUUGUUUUUGUGAUUAUGAAAACGAAGCUAUUUUCAUUUGCAAUCCAAUAAUGAGAGAGUGUAUCACCCUACCGAAACCCAUGUACACAAAACGGUAUCCCUCAACGAUCGUUUAUGGGUUCGGAUAUAGUUCGCUUUCUGGGCAUUACAAGGUGGUACAAAUUUCUCAAACGCCGCUUUCUGAUCCAGCUGAAGGCCUUCCGUCUUCGUAUGAUUCCCAAGGCGCGGUUUAUGUUCUUGGAACAGCCAAUUGGAGAAGCAUUGGAACCGUCCCAUUCUUGUAUAGUUGUCGCUCGUACAAUUUAUCUUUGAAUGGAAAUAUUCAUUGGUUAAAUUGUGAUGGAGAGACUUCCGAAUUAAUAUGUUCUUUUGACGUUGAGUACGAGUCAUUUCAAGUAUUUCCUUCUCCCCCUAACAACCUUAUCAAGCAAACUUUGUAUGUGAGUUUGGGAUUGUUCCGGGAUUAUUUAUGUUUAUGUGUCACCGAUGGUAGCGAAGAUUCUGAUAUUGUUAUAUGGGUGAUGAAGGAGUAUGGAGUAAAAGAGUCAUGGAUUAAAGAGAUUAUCAUUAGACAAAACUCUUCUGAUCUAUCUUGCCUGUUGUAUGAUGAAGUAUCCCUACUACAUGUUUGGGAAAAUGGGGAUAUCUUGAUUUUAUGGCGCGAUGAUCGUUUGUACUCAUAUAGUCCUGAAAGGAAAACUUUGGAAGAAGUUGAGGUUCCCCGUGACAGUUCCCAUAUCGUUACGCCUUUCAUCACUUACGAGAUGAUGCUUCAUGUCCCAAGCUUUCUCUCGCUCAAGGAUUUCGAAAGAGAGAAAGUUGACAUGUUCUAAACCUCGGAUCACUCACUGGAAAGGAAUUCAGUUGCAGAAUUACGAGCAUAGUUGCAGUUCUUACUGUACCGCUCUGUCUCUCUUGUAUUCUAGAUUGAUGGUAUCCAAUAUGUGUUGUUAAUAUGCUUAAAUGUGCACAUUCUGAUGAAAUUUUGGACAAUGCAUGUAUUUUGACGAAGUUUGGAAUAUUCAUAAGCCAAUUUCAAGAAUAAAGUUUGUAAUUUGUAUUUUCCAAUGAGAGAAAAA